AUUUACACAAGUAUGCAGUAAAGGGGGCUGGAUACUGCCACGAUUUCUGGGUACAUUCCAAUCCAUAUUCACUCUAGUCCGCUCUCAGCCGUGUGCAUUGAAUAGGGCGAUCUGUAGCAUAUGUAGCCUUGGAUUCUACAGUUGCUACUGACAGUCCCUAGGAAGAACACGGUCUAAAUAGCACGCACAACUACUGCAAGGUUUCUUCAGUUGGGAGUGUGCCGGACUACAGUAUGGCUGUGCGGAGACUACCGAUCUGGUGGAUUGCAGGAUUAUUAUGUGGAAUUUGUUUAGUUGCACAAGCGUUACCUCAAGCUGAUGAAUUAGAGUUGAUUCGACUUAAAUUAUCGAACUCCUUACAAAGAGGCGGCAGAGCAAAGAGACAGCUACCUUCUGGACCCAACGUGUGUAAAUGCGAAAGAGGGUGUAGAUGCAAUUGCCCUCCUGAUACGUUCUGCAACGAAACAUUGCCUGGCGUUGGUCAAUCUGGUAUCCCUGGCCUUCCUGGACGUCCAGGCGCUUCUGGUCCUCCGGGGGAGAGAGGAGUCGAAGGACCAAAUGGCGAUAUGGGUAACCAGGGACUUCGUGGAAAUAUUGGAGCUCCUGGAAAUGCUGGAACACCAGGCCCUUCAGGGCCACCUGGCAUUACCCUUAUUGGUGCCCCAGUUGGAACAGUUUUGACACAAGAAGAAUUGGACCAAAUCAUCACCAUAUGGACAUCCAUGCAGCACCAGAUUGCAUCAGGAUUACGUCAUGUUGGUCGUAUUGGACCUUCAGGACUAAUGGGAAGACCUGGACCUCGUGGAGAACCGGGACAUGACGGUGAACCAGGUGAUCAAGGRCCAAAGGGUACACGUGGCGAUGUUGGACCAUCAGGACCACCCGGCCCAUCUGGAGAUCCUGGGCGACCUGGGAAAGACGGUGAAGAAGGUCUGCCUGGUCGUGCUGGGCCUCCUGGCAAAAAUGGUGACAAGGGCGAUCGCGGUGCUCAAGGUCAAUUUGGACUGCCAGGCAAAAAAGGCCCYAGGGGAAGGCCUGGUCGCCAAGGUCAAAAGGGACGAAGGGGAAUCACUGGUGAAAAGGGAUCUCAAGGAACUCAGGGAAAGCAAGGCAAAUCUGGAGAGAGGGGCGUACAAGGUCCCCGAGGUGCAGUUGGCCCAGCCGGCCCUGCUGGUCCCAAGGGCUCCAUGGGUCUGCGUGGAAACCAAGGCCCUCCCGGUCAAAAGGGAAAUGCAGGCGUACCUGGUCCUCAAGGUAUUCCUGGUAGCCGUGGUCCUCGAGGUGACCCUGGACCCGAUGGCCCUGCUGGACCACGAGGAGUACCUGGAGAUGUUGGUAACCCCGGACCGCCUGGCCCCACAGGAGAUCGAGGUUCUCCGGGUUCUCCAGGCGCAGAUGGAGUAGCAGGGGAGAAAGGAAGCGCUGGAUCACAAGGACCUGCUGGCCCUACCGGAUCUAACGGUCUGACCGGUCCCAAGGGUCACGAAGGCAGAGCUGGAAGACCUGGUCGUAAAGGAGAUGUGGGUCCAACCGGAGAGAAGGGGGUGAAAGGAGCCAGUGGAGCAAAAGGAGACAAGGCUCCAGAUGGUGAACAAGGCAAACCUGGACGACGUGGAGUUGCUGGUGCUACGGGCGAGGAAGGCAAGCGUGGACCCGCCGGGGCUGCAGGUCCAGCAGGACCCAAGGGUACUAGAGGUUCUCCUGGUUUCCCAGGUGUUAACGGAGCCAAAGGACAUAAGGGCAAACGUGGAGGAAGGGGCAGGCGUGGUUCACGAGGAGACCGUGGAGAUCCAGGCCCCGCUGGAGUUGACGGUCAACCGGGAGGACCUGGUACUAGGGGACCACGUGGUCAAAAGGGCAAACCAGGGAGUCCCGGACGAUCUGGAACUCCUGGUUACCCUGGCAACCCUGGCCAAGCCGGUACUCAAGGACCUGCUGGCCCUGAGGGAUUCAAAGGACCAACUGGACCCCCCGGAAUACAAGGACCUAGGGGAGGUGUAGGAGCGCAAGGUGCUAAUGGACCCGAUGGCGCCGCAGGACCCAUGGGUGAAGCCGGAUUACCAGGAGAACAAGGUCUACAAGGACCACAAGGACCACAGGGACCCAAAGGAAAAGUAGGAGCUGCUGGUGAUAAAGGUGUUGAAGGGACAGUGGGUCCCAAGGGUGAUACCGGAGAAAAAGGGGAACGCGGCAAAGACGGUGGUCAGGGACCCCCUGGAGACAACGGCAAGAACGGCGCAAACGGUGCUGAUGGCGAGGCAGGUGAAGAUGGUCCAGCUGGUAAUCAAGGUGCACAGGGACCGGCUGGCCUAAGGGGCGCUCCAGGGUCCCAAGGAAAGGAUGGAGAAAUGGGUCCUGCUGGGCCACAAGGGCCCAAUGGUAAAAGUGGAUCACAGGGACCUCAGGGCCCUGAAGGUCCUGUUGGUCCACCUGGACAGAACGGGGAWAGAGGAGAACAGGGAGUAGAAGGAGAGCAAGGCCCUGUAGGACGGCAAGGAGCAACCGGACCUGACGGUGGUCCUGGUAACCCUGGACCCCAAGGAGAACGGGGACCAAAAGGAGAAGUAGGAGAGCAGGGUAGCGCUGGUUUCCCUGGACGAAAUGGCGCCCGUGGACAACGAGGUGGUGCUGGGCAGCCUGGUAAUCCUGGCCUUCCUGGACCCGUUGGACCCAUAGGCGAGGCAGGAACACGGGGAACAAGAGGAAAACGAGGACCAGCCGGCGAGACGGGAGACUCUGGACCUGUUGGUCCUGCAGGCGCUACUGGAGCACAAGGGGAACAGGGUAAACAAGGUCCUAUUGGGGACAAGGGAGAUCGUGGACAAGCUGGUGCUGAAGGUCAACCUGGAAGUCAGGGGUCACGUGGUCCUGCUGGACCCAUAGGUGGUAAGGGUCCACGCGGUAAUAAGGGUGAACAAGGAGGUGCCGGUGAGAAGGGCAGUAAGGGAGAUGCUGGUGUUCAAGGUACAGAUGGUGACAACGGACCCAAUGGAGCACCAGGCAAAGAUGGAGCUCCUGGUAAAGACGGUACCAAGGGACAGGCCGGACAGCAAGGUCCUAUUGGUCCUGCUGGAUCACAAGGUCAAGCUGGAAGCAGAGGUGAACCUGGCUUCCCUGGACCAAUUGGCAACAUCGGACCUGCUGGUGCUCCUGGAGAUAGAGGUGAUGAUGGUCCAAAUGGACGAGAUGGCCCUCCUGGACCCCCUGGCGGUCGAGGACCAAGUGGACCGAAAGGUAGACGUGGUGUUAUGGGUGUGGCUGGUCAACCAGGUGAACGUGGAGCGCGCGGCGGGACUGGACUGGGUGGAUCGAAAGGUGAAAAGGGUAAUAUGGGCCUUCGAGGAAUCCGUGGCGUUGUAGGUCCAACUGGUAUCGUGGGUGAGCCAGGACAACCUGGACAGAAGGGGACGAAGGGAAGAACCGGAUCGAAGGGUGAAAUGGGAGAUCAAGGUGAAGAUGGUGCACGAGGUGCUACUGGAGCUGAGGGUGAGCAAGGCAUCAAAGGAAUGUCUGGAGGUGGGGGCGUUAAGGGUAUCAAGGGCUAUCGUGGAAAGCUUGGUGCCAUCGGUCCCCGUGGACCCAGCGGUCCUAAGGGAGAUAUUGGAGAGCCUGGUACGCGUGGAACUCGAGGACCAAAAGGUCCAAAGGGCUUCCGUGGUGAAGAAGGACCUAGUGGUCCACCUGGUGACCAAGGUGCCCCGGGUAGAUAUGGAGAUUCUGGAGAGAAGGGAGAAUCGGGGGUUUCAGGACUGAAGGGAAGGCGUGGAAGAAUGGGACAACCUGGCGCUCCUGGACCCCCUGGACCAACGCCUCAAAACCUAUUCGGGUCCAGAGCAGCUAAUCGUGCAAACGAGCCUCCUGCAUCUAGUACUAGCCAAGAUAAAGGACGCACAAAACGAUCCAUAGAGCUUGAGGCCAUCCAAUACAAUACUGUAGUUAUUGAUGCUAUAUUUGAUGCAAGCGAAGAGUUUAAUAAAAUCGUACGACCAUCAGGCGAAAAGGACAGCCCCGCACGAACCUGCCGUGAAUUGAUGAAGACCAACAACCAACUACGCGAUGAUAAUUAUUGGCUCGAUCCCAACCAGGGAGUGACUCAAGACUCCUUCCGUGCCUUCUGUAAUUUUACAGCUGGUGGACAGACUUGUAUUAAACCCCUAAAACGCUUGGGACGCUGGGAGUUUGAUGGAAAAUUGCUGUUUUCUGAUAAUAAAGAUGGUUACAAGAUUGCAUACGAGGCCGAUGCGGUCCAAAUGAAAUUCCUCAGACUUUUGAGCCGUCAAGCUACACAAACAAUUCAACACGACUGUGUUAAAGACGAGAUUCAGCUUCUCGGCACCAACAACAGGGAACUUGCUAACAAUAACAAUGGUUGCAAGGUUGGACAAAGAAUUGUGCACAAUUUACAGAAGAAAGAUUUGCUUCCUCUACGAGACUUUGCUAUCAAUAAAAACGAUGGCCAUAUUGACUUUGAGUUGGGCCCCGUCUGCUUCACCUAAAACACGACCGAUGGCUAUUUUUCCGGGUAAUCGUGGUGUAUAAUUAUGUACGUUUUGACCAGUACACCCAUAGUUUCAUCUUAGCCAGAUAAACAGAAACCUCUUCACUCACACUUUGUAAUAAAUGAAGACACUAUUUUUGUACUGUUCAAUUGUAAACAUUACGUUAGUAAUAAAAUGUUUAUAGAAAGAAAUGCCCAGGGACGAACGAAAUUCUUCUGAUCCCAUGUAGAAAGUAGGGACUCAUCGUACAUAAUCUCCCUACUGGUGAGUUAUAAAUACCACAGGCCGUAUAUUCUUUUCAAUAAUCAUAAUAAAUUAUUAGUAUAAUAGAAUUGUAAUGUCAASUGCAUARGUUUAGGAGAAUAUCGAAUGAAGACCGUAUUCAAWGAGAAAUUCAGAAUUAAACCUAGUUUUAUUACAAUAUAUUUUCACACAAACAG